AUGUUGCGGGUUGUUGCGAUGAUGAUGUUGGGGCAUCUAGGGGAACUUGAACUAUCCAGCGCCUCUAUUGCUACUUCAUUUACAAAUGUUACUGGAUUCAGUGUCAUUUUUGGUAUGGCUGGUGCUUUGGAUACUCUGUACAAGCUAUUGAUAUUGAUUGGCCAAGAUCCUUUAAUCUCAGUUGAAGCUGGCAAAUUCACUAUAUGGCUCAUCCCUUCACUGUUCCCUUAUGCUAUUCUUCAGUCUCUGGUUCGCUACUUGCAGAUUCAAAGUUUGAUUCUUCCAAUGUUAUUGAGUUCACUAGUAUCUCUAUUCUUCCAUUUACCUCUUUGCUGGGCUCUAAUAUUGAAGUUAAAGUUAAGAAAUGCUGGAGCACCCCUUGCUAUUUGUUUGUCGUAUAUGGUGAAUGCAAUCUUCCUUGGUCAUUAUGUGAAAUUUUCUUCAGUGUGUUAUAAAACCCGUGCUUCUUUGUCAAAGGAUGUUUUCCUAACUACGAGUGAAUUCUUCCAAUACGCAAUCCCAUCUGCUGUAAUGGUUUGUUUUGAGUGGUGGUCAUUUGAGGCAGUUGUACUGCUUGGUGGAUUGUUGCCAAAUCCAGAGCUGGAGACAUCUGUGCUAUCCAUAUGCUUGGCAGUUACUGCCUCGCACUUUCUGGUACAAUAUUCUAUUGGUGUUGCUGCAAGCACCCGUGUAUCAAAUGAACUUGGAGCUGGGAAACCACGAGCAGCUCGAGUUGUUGUCUUUGUCGUUCUGGUUCUGUCGGUCUCAGAGUUCAUUAUAGCAAGCACCAUCAUUUUCUUUUGCCGUUAUAUAAUAGGAUAUGCAUUUAGCAAUGAAAUGGAUGUUGUGAAUUAUGUCAAAGACAUGACUCCUUUUCUUUGCCUAUCUAUCAUCAUGGACAGCUUACAAGCAGUUCUUUCUGGAGUAGCUAGAGGUUGUGGGUGGCAACAUAUCGGGGCAUAUAUCAAUCUCGGAGCUUAUUACGUUGUUGGAAUUCCUGUGGCGUUACUCCUAGGAUUUGUUUUGCACUUGAAAGGGGAAGGCCUUUGGAGCGGAUUGGUAGCAAGAGCAACAGUGCAGUCUAUCUUGCUUGCCCUUGUAACAUGUCUCAAAAAUUGGGAAAAGCAGGCUAGUAUAAAGCACGCAUAUCAAGUCAUUAGUAAGGCGGUGGAGGGAGGUUCCACGGAGGAGGCUUUUGACGUGGAUAAUACGGUGGGGGAGGAGGUCCAAGAAGAUCUAUGUACACCAGCGAUGGGGGAGUUAAUGAUCCAGGAAGUGUUGCAUGAGGGGGUGGUCCAAGUGGUAAAUGAACCCGAGUUGGAGGAGUGGACCAGGUGGUGA